AUGCUUAUCACGAUUGUAUUGGGCCUAUUGGCUGACGAAAAAUUAUUUGUAACAGUAGGAUCUAUGAUUCUCAGCUACAUUUGUGACAGAUUAAUUAAUUAUCGUAUAAAUUACUAUGUAUCCACCAAAUUAGUGAAGAUGAAAGAAGAUAUUUGUAAAAGACGCGUGACGAGGUCUCAUCUAUAUAUCACGUGCAUCAUUUUGUUUUAUGUCCUUUGCCGACAGUGUCUGUGUGGUCCGUCUUAG